CUCCCUGGCUACUGGUAAUCAUUAUGGUUACAAGUACACAUGUUGGCGAUCAAUGAACGGGUAAUAAGUUUGUGGCUGUUUACUUCGGACGAAAAUACCUAGACUAAAAAGGGCUUGCGGUCUCCUUGAGCUUUGCGCUGGGAAUUCCCUGGUCUCCCCCGGACGUGAAGAUGAGUUACAGCCUGAUUACUUCCACUGGAUCCAGUGCUGUGUGUAUUCUUCUCCUACUCCUUCCUGCGAUCAGCUCCUCGUCACUGCUGGCUAACGCUCGAUCGGCCACGGUCGAACUGACACUUCUCACAGAGGCAGCAGGCAGCAAGGGUGCUGUGUGCUUAGAUGGCACACCACCAGGUUACUACUGGAGACAGGGACAGGGAACUGCGCUGAAGAAAUGGAUCAUUCAUCAGGAGGGUGGUGGAUGGUGUUUCAGCGAUGAGGACUGUCUGACACGAAGCAGAACUCGUCUCGGAUCAUCCAAGUACUUUGCACCGAAUAAGACAUUCCUGCAUGCUGGUUUCUUGGCCGAUGACUGCCAAACCAACCCAGUCUUCUGUGAUUACAACGUGGUGUACAUGCCCUACUGCGAUGGAGGGUCUUUCUCGGGCAACCGUGAGAAACCUCUCGUCGUGAACGGCACCAGUCUCUACAUGAGGGGCAAGAGGAUUCUGGAUGCCGUGUUCGAUACCUUUUCUGAACAGCUGGGAGAAGCAGAGGAGCUAAUCCUCACAGGAUGUUCAGCCGGUGGUCUAGCAACGUAUCUGCAUGCUGACUACCCGGUUGAAACCAAGCGGAUACCGAGCACAUGCAAAUAUGCUGUACUGGCAGAUGCAGGAUACUUCAUCGACGGUCUAAGUCAAAAUGGACAACGUGCUGAGCGAACACGGAUGCUGUAUGUUGUUCAGUCGCAGAACCUGACGAGUGGCAUGAACCAGAAGUGCGUUGCGGCAAUGUCAGAAGCCGACCAGUGGAAAUGCUUCUUCGCCCAGUACAGCGUGCCCUACAUAUCGUCGCCGAUCUUUGCCCUGCAGUCGCUGUAUGACUAUAACCAGCUGAAGACUGUGCUGCAUCUACCCUGCAUACCGCCCAAAUGCAGUGCGUCAGAGUAUCAAAUCUUCCUGAACUGGCGGACGACAUUCCUGAAAGCCUUUAGUCCGAUCUUGAACCGGACGGUGAGCACGGGAAUCUUCUCCGAUGCUUGCGUCGCCCAUUGUCAGAGCGUGGCAGAUGCCCACUGGGAUAACUACGUGGUGCGUGGGCAGCGAGCACACGAGACGUUCGCGGCCUGGUACUUCGAUCAGCCCGGCAAGUUGCCGCAGGUUGUGGACUGCGCUUACCCAUGCAAUCACAACUGCACUGCCAGGCAUACAUUGCAGCAAGACGAGGAGCUCAGUGAUCACUACUCAUACAACUACAUGUAUGAUGUUGAACCGGGUCUGGACGAUGACAACAAACCGUAGCGGUCAAGCCUCUUACUCUUAGCAUCCAUGAUUGUUCACGUAUAUAUUCAUGGAGAAAAAACCCCUAUUGGGCUGAAUUAGCCUCUAUAUCAACCAUGGACAUGGUUGGUUAGCAGUACAGUGUUGGUUGCUUGUUCCAUCUGUGCAUCUUCAUACCGUGCACUGAAUAUUCCUCUACUAGUAUUGCUAUCUAAUGACUCUAAUCAACACCGUGAGUGUGUUAAGUACAAGUAGUACAUAUUAUGUUUGUUGUUUGCACUACAUGUACAUGACGUAUGUACCAUUUCCCUCAAAAGCCUUGCGUCGUUCCCAGAGUGGAUGCAAGAUCAUGUUGAAA